UACAGUACAAACUUCAAAUAAGUGACGACACCUUAUUAAUAAGCUUUGCGUGAAAUAAACAGUGGCCAAUAAAGUAUUUUGUUUUAAUUAUUUCGUAAAAAUUGUAACCGGUUUACCGGUUGAGAACGUAUUAUCAGGUUAUGGAAUAUAGAAACGUUCCUAACUUUGGUCCUUGGUAGUCUACUUCAUAACCUUGGGGUUUUAGCGAUGUCGUAGUCCGGCACCGUUAGCUGUGGACGUCGCAAUUUUUCCAAUUCGCCGUUUCAGUAGAUCGUACUCGAUAUGCAUGGGAUACACUGCAACAGUUGUCCAUACAGCUGAUCGAAUUUCAUUUCUAUUGUGAUAAAAUAACAAGGUUUUAAAUUAGGAUAUCGUAAGAUACUUAUUUACUCGUACUUUGGUGGUUGCUCGGCCUUAGAGCUUAAAUAUUUUAAACGAUGGAUAUCAUGAGUUUUUAUAAUUUGUUGAGGGUUCCUCUCAUUUUUAUUGUGGAUGAACUCUUUAAAAGUAGUUUUGGGCUUCCAGAAUUGGCCGAUAUAAUGUUUCCUGUAAAUAGUACACUAAAUCAAAUUGAAAUUGGGCAGUCCACACAAUAUUAUGCAGCCUUCAUCAAAAUAAUAGUAUCAUGUCUAAUAUUUUUUUCAUCAUUGUGUUUGUUGACUCUACCUGUCAGGUACUUAAUUCCAGUGUACCUUUAUGUGGUUUCUAUUUGUGUUGUACUUUUUUCUUAUUGGCAAAACAUGGAAACACUAGGGUUUUUAUCAGGAAAAUACAAAAACUUUAAAAUAGAAACGACAAAUGAACUCAUAACACGGGAUGUAGAUGAAUAUAUGCUUAAUUUAAUACAAUUAUACCCUCGAUUAUACAAGUUAUUCCACAGUAUAAUACUACAGUAUUGUCUAUCUCUAAUAUUUGACAUUUUACAAGUUUUUACUACAGAUUAUUCAAUUCAUAAAAUUUUCAGGUAUAGCUUUAUUAUUCCUACUUUAAUUGCAUCAAUUCCUAAUACGAGUAGUAUUUUAAAUACAGUAAUCAUCCUAUCAACAUUGAUGCAAUUGUUUAUUUUGCUGAUAAUAUUAUUGCUAAACAUAUUUCAUAUAAUAAAUUUAAUUCAGAGUGAAUAUAAUGAUAUACAAGAGAUCCUCAAUGAUUAUGGAAUAUUUACCCUGGUUGAAAUGGAAUGGUAUCGUCUAGAAAUUCCUAGUGUUCUUCGAAUGUUUUGGGCAAUACGAGUACUGAUACAAUUUCUAUACUUGUCAAUUAAUACAGAAAUAAAAAAUUCAACAUUGUUUGAAACUGUGAAGUAUUUGUCAAUUAAAGGAUGUGACACAUGUACAGCAGUUUUAGGAAUGACAAGCAUUUUAUCCUACUUUUGUAAUAAUAUAGGAGCAUUUUUCCAAUGGGUGCUCAUGAUUAAUGAACUGGAUGACUUAAAUUGUGGAGUACUUACUGCAGUAUUAUUUAGUAUACUAGCUAUGCAAUCUGGACUUACAGGCUUGGAUCCAGAAAACCGCUUUAUAAAACUAUAUCAAAAUGUUCAUCUAGUUUGUAUUAGCCUACAGGAUUACAUCUAUAACAUGGUUGAGAAAUCAUUAAUAUAUUUGAAUGGUUCUCACAAUCGUUCACUUAAUAGGCAUUCAAGAGCUCUUUUAGUUUGCGGAGGUCUUAUAGCGAUGGCAGUAAUUUCUUUACACUUGGUGUUGUCUUACCAUUCAGUUAGUCAUUGGUUACUAGCAGUUUCUGUUUUGAAUAUUUUAUCUCUUUUAAAAGUAUUGGUGUCGUUAGCUGUCUAUUCAUUAUUGUUAAUUGAUUCCAAUAGCUCAACAUAUUCGGAGAAUAUAGAUGAUUAUGUGUACUAUAUCAAAUCAUUUGGAAGUAUAUUGGAAUUCUGUUUUUGCAUCUUCCUUUCUCUGAAUGAUAUUUAUAAUUGGAUUUUUGUAUCUGGUGGUGUAAUCCGCGCAAUUGUGAUCUGUUCCCAAGCAUAUUUCAAAAUGUGUCUCGUCAAAAAAGGAUGGAGAAUAUUCAUUAAACGUCGUACGGCUAUGAAAAAAGUUGAAUCAUUACCAGAUGCAACUAGUGUUCAAUUGUCUGAAUUUGAUGAUAUUUGUGCCAUAUGUUAUCAAGAAAUGAGAUCAGCAAAAAUAACUAAUUGCAAUCAUUAUUUCCACAGUGAAUGUCUGCGUAAAUGGACCUAUUUACGGGAUGAAUGCCCGCUGUGUCAUAGUAUUUGCAACAACGCAGAAAUGUAAAAAUAUACCCAGACUCAGAAUACAAAAUCAUCAAAAUGUUAUUUAUGAUGGUAAUUUAUUCUUAGUUAUUUUUGACUGAUUAGAUUUUAUCAUAAACUUCUACUUAAUUUUUGAUUUUUGUCAUAACAACUAAAAUAUUUUAUUAAAAAUGUUAUUUUGUAUUUU